ACUGUAUCUCCAUUUCCCAUCCUCGAAGCUUCCAUUAAAAACCUCACUUUCUUCCGUUUCAAUCUCUAUAAAACUUAUCCUUCUUCCACCAAUUCCUCAUCCAAAUCUCGCCAUCAAGCACCGCCAGAUCCACCGCAGUUCAUCUAUCUGAAGAAUUCCGCCAUGGUUGUCCAGGAUCUGAAGAACAACAGUAAACCGAUCCAAAUCCGUGAAGUUUGGGCGUCGAAUCUCGAAUCGGAGUUCGAGUUGAUUCGCGACUUGAUCGAUCAGUUUCCUUGCGUUUCCAUGGACACGGAGUUUCCCGGAGUCGUUUUCACCGAUCCUGCGAAGCCGUACCACCGCCAGAAUCGGCCGUCGGACCACUACCGCCUCCUCAAAUCCAACGUCGACGCUCUGAAUCUGAUCCAGAUCGGAAUCACUCUCUCCGACUCCGACGGCAACCUCCCGGACCUCGGCACCGGCGGCAGCCGCUUCAUCUGGGAGUUCAACUUCAUGGACUUCGACGUGGCGCGUGACGUCCACGCGCCGGACUCGAUCGAGCUUCUGCGGCGGCAGGGGAUCGACUUCGACCGGAACCGAGUGGAAGGUAUCGACUCUUGCCGGUUCGCCGAGUUGAUGAUGUCCUCGGGACUCGUCUGCAACGACUCAGUGAGUUGGGUGACGUUUCACAGCGCGUACGAUUUCGGGUACCUGGUCAAGGUUUUGACUCGGCGGAGCCUCCCGAGUCGGCUGGAGGAAUUCCUCGGCGUUCUCAGGGUUUUCUUCGGCGAUCAGGUGUACGAUGUGAAGUACAUGAUGCGGUUCUGUAAGAGCCUCUACGGCGGUUUGGACCGGAUAGCGAAGAUCUUAAACGUGAGCCGGGCGGUUGGAAAGUGCCACCAGGCCGGUUCGGAUAGCCUGCUGACGUGGCAUGCGUUUCAGAAAAUGAGGGACACGUAUUUUGUACAGAAUGGGCUGGAGAAACAUGCCGGCGUGUUGUAUGGAUUGGAAGUUUUGUAAAAACGAAACUGAAAAAUGAAAAUUAAAUAAAAAUUAUUUAUUUAUUAUUUAUUUAA